UCCGGCAAGAGAAGAAGUUGUGGAAAGUGAAACGAUGGGGGCUGUUCUCAAGCUCUUCGACUCAGUUCUAUUUGUGUUCUUCCUUGUACAUGCAUUGGCACCUCCUCUCAUCAGCGCCCAGUUAUUACUCCCUCAAACCCUUUUCCCCAAUAUUUUCAUUCAUUUAAAAAAUAAAUACAUUACCCACUCUGGAGAUUAUCUGAUGGCCGAUCUCCCUCCCUUUUUCGUCGGCUUGCUUUGGCUCGAGCUUCUUCUUCAAUGGCCACUCACGCUUCUCAACCUCUACGCCAUCCCCACUUCGAAGUCAUGGCUGCACACAACCUGUUUGAUCUAUGGCGUCUCCCUCUUCUCUGCUAUGGCUGCUAUAGCUGCUGAAUUGAUUGGUUCACAGAGAGCAUCUGGUAUACUGUUGACUAUAUAUUUCCCUUUUUUGGCGGUGGGAGUUCUCGCCAUGCUUCGUGGGUUGCUGCCGCGUUGCAACAAGGCUACAACCACCGGCCACGGUGCUGGACCAUCAAUUGCUACAAAGAAAAAGGCUUGAAGAUUUCUCUAAUCUUGACUCCAUUUCAUUUUACUUUCUGUACUUUGAAAGCAUGAUUGAUAUACUGCUUCUUUUCUCAACACAUCCAUCCAUCACUAAACAUCAGUUUACCAAGUCUACAAUGGUAUUUUUAGUCGGA